AUCUCCAUUGCCAUCAUCGUAAGCAAGAAUGGCGACUUCCAGCGAUAUGCUGCCUCCAUCGGAGGUAGCGGCCGGUGGCUACGAUCAGGAUAGGAGGCAACGGCAUCAAAGCCACACUUUAACGCCAGAGGAAAUAAAGACCUUUCAAGAAUGCAGCAACGAAAGCUUCAAGUACCGUGCCUUGCCACUAGGACUACUGGCCGCUUUUGGAGUUCAGUAUGCUGUCAAAGUUGGUUACCUCGCACCACACCCGAAGUAUGGCCCCUACUUAAAGAUGUUCGGGUCAUGGGAAGCCAGUCGGGGGAUUAUGCUUCACUGUCUGGUCAAGAUAGAUAUUCAGGAGACCUUGGCUCCCAAAGCCUGGACCUGCGUAGUUAUAAUGCACCUCAAGGUCUUGAUGACAGCCAGAGGCCGUCCAUGGACAACCCAGUUAUCGCUGAGGUGCCUGAGAACCUUCCGCCAGCUAAGUACUCGACCACAUACGAAGAGCUGCGGCGACGAAAUCGUGACGAAUACGAGAGGCGCCUUUCGGCACCGCCACCCCCAUCGCAGCUGCCACCACCUGCUUUGUCACAGCAGCCUCCACUCACUCCUUCGCAGCCUCCUGUGCUGCCUCCGUCUAAGUCCUUUGAUGGAAGGACAGAGAGGGGCUAUCCUACAAGAAUCCCCAGUUCUGCACCAUCGGGCGGUGGCACAGGCAAGAAGAACAAGUAUGGAGACACUUGGGAAGAUUAGAAAUUUAUUACCUCCUAGGAAACACUUGUAUUCAAAGCAAGAGGAAAGGCACAUAGAGUCCUCGGCAAGACAAUGUGAUUUAGAAUUAAUCAAAAUAUAAAUUGUGCCGACAUUU